CACGAAGCCAGACACAAACCGUCGUCCUCUCGCAGCAGCGGGCCUGUAGUCGUGAUCGCUCUACGUCUUGUGGCUUACCUGGCUCUCUGCCAAGACGAGGACAAGAAGCUACGUAUCCUGCAGCGUAAAAUAUCCAAUCACCGUGUCCCGUUCUCCAUAAACGGCUGCUGUAACGGCCGCUAAUCUGGCUGAACGAGACAUCGAGGACUCGAUCUAGCUGCUGUGUUUGUGGUCCAGGAAGAGAGACACAAAGAUGCCUGAGACGUCGAGGGACGUGGUGGUAGUUCUACUGGACGAGACGACGUUCACCGUCCCAGUAAAGCCAACUCUGCUGGCGUCUGAGCUCCUAGACAUGGCCGCCUCACACUGCAAGAUCAAGGAGAAGGAGUAUUUCGGCCUCAGGACUGAAGGAGACGGGUACAAGAACUGGUUGGAACUGGACAAACCGGUUUUGGAUCCUUCUCAAGACCUGCCGAAGGGCAGCGGACAGAUUAAAAUAUUCUUCACAUUCAAGUAUUUUGUGGACGAGGUUCGCUACCUACAAGACUAUAUGACUGUUGAACUUCUCUAUCAGUUUUCCAGACAAGCCAUCAUGAAGGUAGUAUACUGAGAGUAUACAAGAAGAUUACUAGAUUUGGUGUAGAUUACUGACAGGUUUACUGGAGUAUACUAUUUUUGCAGGGAGAGAUUGUAACCGAUGAUGCUUGUAUAUUUGAACUGGCAGCUUGUGUCAUGCAAGUGCAAUGCGGAGAAUACAAGAAGUAAGUACAGUUUACUGGCAUAGUUUACUAACUGAGAUUACUGAGUAGUUUACUGAAUUAGAGUGCUGAGAUUUUUCCAACUAUACUAACCAAGAUUACUGAAGAGUGAUCAUUAAGAAUACUGAAUGGUUUACUAUAGUAUACUGAAAAAGUUGGUAGAUUACUGAGAAUUACUGCCUGCAGUGAUGAAGCAGCUCUUCGGCAGUUGAAGCAGCUGAAAGUCAUUCCAGCCUCCGUCUUCUCUGAAACCAGCGUCCAUCACUGGUGAGUGAGUUGGCGCAAAUCCUGACAUCUCUGAAUAGGAGACACCUUGGGACAUUGAAAGUGUGCUUUAUUUAGAGAUUUCAGACAUAAUACUAAUGUAUUAGUAUGGGGC